GAGAUACGUAACUGACAAAGUUAAUAUUCAAAGACAAAUAUUUUUCAACAGAUCACCGUCAUUAAACCUCGACAAGACAAAAAAUCAUCGUACUUGAAAAGAAACGUGAUAUAAAGUUGUUUCUCACAUUGGUAGUGUUUAUAAUUUAGUCUAUGACGAUAACUAUCUAAUGAAAAUAAAUCAUUUUUAAUAAUUUGUGGGAUGAACUUUGUGAAAAAGUGAUUUGGUGCUUGUACGAUCAUGUUGACUUCCGGAGAAGAUGUUAGUAAAAACCCUAAUGGAGAUAACACAAACAUUCGUAGAAGACGAACCGGUGUAUAUAAAAUAUCAUCAGCUUCGGAAGGUUUUCUAUUCAAGGACAACAGCAUUCUUAGUACAUUGAAUAUUGGAAAGAGAAAAAUAUCCGAAGAAAUUUUGCCACCUGGUAGCCCUGGCAUCUUCCGGCAAAAAGCUACAACAUGUGAUCACUUAUCUUUCACUGGAUACGCUAGAGUGGCAAAGCAGUCAUUCGGUAACCUUCUGUCAAGAAAAAUGGCGACCACCUCAAGUCAGACUGCAGUGCCUUGGCCGAAUACCAAAGAUGAUUACGAACUGGGAAAAGUUAUCGGAGUUGGCGCAACUGCAGUUGUUCAUGGCGCCUUAUGCAAACCCAGAAACGAAAAAUGUGCCAUUAAACGUAUAAAUUUAGAAAAAUGGAAUACAUCGAUGGAUGAACUCCUAAAAGAAAUCCAGGCUAUGAGUAGUUGUAAUCAUGAAAAUGUCGUCACUUACUAUACCAGUUUUGUUGUAAGGGAAGAAUUAUGGCUUGUCUUAAAACUAUUAGAAGGUGGCAGUUUGUUAGAUAUAAUCAAACACAAAAUGAGGGCAACCAAUUGUAAACAUGGAGUGUUUGAUGAAGCAACUAUCGCCACUGUUCUGAAAGAAGUUUUAAAGGGAUUAGAAUAUUUCCAUAGCAAUGGACAAAUUCAUAGGGACAUAAAAGCUGGUAACAUCUUAUUGGGUGAAGACGGUACUGUCCAAAUUGCUGAUUUUGGAGUUUCCGCCUGGCUGGCUACAGGUCGAGAUAUAUCCAGGGAGAAAGUUAGGCAUACUUUUGUUGGUACACCCUGUUGGAUGGCUCCAGAAGUAAUGGAACAGGAUCAUGGUUACGAUUUUAAGGCUGAUAUUUGGUCAUUUGGUAUCACAGCUAUAGAAAUGGCUACUGGUACUGCACCUUAUCAUAAAUAUCCUCCUAUGAAAGUGCUUAUGUUGACUCUUCAAAACGAUCCACCCAGUCUUGAUACAGGAGCUUCUGAAAAAGAUCAAUAUAAGGCAUAUGGUAAAACUUUUAGAAAACUAAUAACGGAUUGUCUUCAAAAAGAACCUGGAAAAAGGCCCACCGCGGCCGACUUAUUAAAACAUACCUUUUUUAAAAAGGCAAAGGAUAAAAAGUAUCUUCAGUCAACGUUAGUAGCAAUAGGACCCAGUUUAGAAACCAGGGUGCAAAAGGCGUCUAAACGGCAACCUGGUGCUUCCGGACGUUUGCACAGGAAAGAAACGGGAGAGUGGGUUUGGUCUAGUGAAGACGAAGAUGGCGGAUCGAGUGAUAGCGACAACGAUAUUAAGCCUAUGAAUACUUUAGUAUCGGUAGGAUCGUCGGGUUCGGAUCACGAUGAACCUAGCGAAAUUGGCGAUCCACCACCGGUGAAUCUGGUUCUUAGGAUGAGAAAUGCGAAAAGGGAAUUGAAUGACAUUAGGUUCGAAUUUGCUGUCGGUAAGGAUUCUGCUGAAGGUAUAGCUAGUGAAUUAGUUGGUGCCGGUUUAGUAGAUGGCAAAGAUAUUAUGGCUAUCACGAUAAACUUGCAGAAAUUAAUCGAACAGAGGAGUACUAUGAAAGUAGUCACGUUCGCUUUGAAUUCGCCUUUACAUCCCAACGAAGUUCCAGAUGACAAAGCCCUGGUAGGGUUCGCCCAAAUUUCCAUAAUGGACUGAAACAGACUGGUUUUUCCCCUCUCUUGAUGCAUACCAUUUUCUUUUCUGGAAUUUACUGAUCAUUGUGUACAUACUGUAGAUAGGUUUUAUAAAAUAUAUUAUAUUAGUUCGAUUUUAUGUCUCGUAAACCGAAAAGGUCAAUACAUCCAUUUAAAAUUCUGAAAAUUAAAACCUCGAUUUCGUAUUUUUUCGGAUACUUAGGGUAUUUUACUAUCGAAUGCAAUUUUUCCAAAACUGUAAAAUGUAGAUUAGCUACUUGGCAACCCGUUUUGUAAGUACAAACAUAAGACACGCCUCAAAAUAAGUCUGAAUCGAAUAAAAAAAUAAUGAUAUUGAAUCGUUUAUUGUUACAAUGUCAAAAUUUCAAUAAUUUAUUAUAUUUUGUAAUUUAAUUCAACGAGAUGUAUCAAAAAUGUAAUUACUCCCAGUAAAAAGUAUUUUCCAUAAUUAUAGUCAAUUUUUUUUUAAAUUUUUAUCCAUGAAAAUAGAAUACUAUAAUUAAUUUUCCCAUUUCAGAAAUUAAUUCAAUAGUGGUGAGACAGCUCCUAUUACGACAAUUUCUUUUCUUCUUCUGCCUGCUGUUUUCUAUUGGUUUCGAUAUUUAUAGCUCAUCUUCUAGUUUCGAAGUUCUAAUGAUUUUCAGAAUUUGUACUUGUUUUAAGGACGUUAGAUCUUUGUUCCUAGAGGAAUCUUGUCUGUAACAAGAAUUAGAUAAUCUAGAGGUUCUUCUUCCUCAAGGUGUAUUGCUUGUUUUGAAUUAAAUUAAAAUAUUAUAUCAGUCAUAUGUCUGUGAGUUAUAUCUUACCAGGAGGCACCUGAGCUUCUUAAACUAUUUGCUUGUGAUUGCAAACCACUGUAUUUUAAUAUAUUACAGAUUUCAAAUGAUGAGCAGCGAUUGGUUUAAAUAAAUGUCGGUUCAUAACAAUAAACGAAUCAUUAUUUUAAUGGAAAAUACAUAUCUAGUUUUGAAUGUCAAAAUUUUACAUCGAAAGUUGUGAUCAAUGUCUCUUCUUAUUUUUUGUUUGUUUUUAUGUUUUAUUUUAAUUUAUAUUUAUGCAAAAACCGUGUAUGAAAUAAUGCUAUAAAUUGUAAUUAAUAAUUUUUAGGUGUAUUCCAAGUAUGAAAAUAGUUUGUCAUGAAUAAUUUCCAGAAAAAUGUUGCCACAAUAGUCUUAUAGACACCGUUACAAGAUAGGGAAACUAAAGAAUCUUUGAUCCAGAAUAAAUGCUGAUCAAUUUUCAGCAAAGUCUAAAGAUUUGUAAUUAAUUUUUUUUGAUUCUGUGGUUAAUGAGUAAACAUUAGGGAGAUAUAUGAAAAAAAGCUGGAAGGAAUUAAAAUAAUUGAGAACUUUUCGGCGUAGAGUGUAGAAAUUGUCAUAUGGAAUGUUUUAAUUCCCUGUAGGGUUGAACAUUGGAAAUGUUUAUAUGGGUCAGAGUGAAGAAUUGAUCUUGUAUGAGUCUUUUUUGGUAAAACUAGUAAUCUUCAUGACACUAUGGGAAGGUAAAGAAUCUGGGUCCGGUAUGAAUUCUGGUUAAUUUUCUAAAGUAGUUUAAGAAUUCGUAUUUUAUUGGGUCCAUCCUUAAUAGGUAAAGGUUAGAAAAGUAAUAGAGACUGUAAGGAAUUGAAAUAGAGGAGUACUUUUUGGUCCAGAAUUUUGAUACAGUUUGGUAAUUAAAGAUCAUGGUAAGGAAUUUGGAAUCUUGUAGAUACCAUAAAAAUGUAGUGAAAGCGAAGGAUAUUUGGUCUAGGACAGUGUUGCUCAAUAUUUUACUCGAUCUUAAAGAUUUGCAAGGAAUUUUACCAGUUAUGUCAUAAGAGGAAAAUAGUAAGAAAAGGAAGAUGAUAGAUAGAAGGUUGAACUGAUUGAAGUAAAAAAGUACUUUUUGGUCUAGGGGGUUGCGAUUCAGUUUUAGGGUGAAAGAUGAGAACGUCUCAACGGUUAAAAAAGUCGAUGAUUGAUCAUUUGCUAGUCAGAUGAUGGUAAAGAAUAUGGAAGCUUGUAGAUAUUAUGGCAAAAUAGGAGAAAGUAAAGAAUUUUUGGUCAAGGAUAAAUGUUGCUCAAUUUUUUACUUGAGGUUAAAUAUUUGCAAGAAAUUUUACCGAUCCUGUCCGUAAAGGAUGAAGGUAAGUAAGAAAAAUGAUAGGAGCUGAAUUGAAAUAGAAGAGUACUUUUUGGUAUAGAUUUGUGAUUCAGUUUUAACGAAUGAAAGACUCGAUAAUUGACUUUUUUGGGGUUGACAAGAUAGGAAAAAGGAGUCUUUGGUCUGCUCAAUUUUCUACGAAUUUCAUUCUUUGUCCAUAAUAGGUAAAGCUAAUGGAGAAAAAAGGUACAGUUUGGAAGCUUGAAAUUUGUCUUUUAUGUGAGAAAUUUUUCAGUUUGGGUUAAAAAAUGAGACGGUUCAAUGAACAAAAAAGUUGAACCGGAUGAUUGUGAGGAAAUUGAGAACAAAUAUUGCUCAAUUUUCUAUGUGAAUUAGAAGAUUUACAUAGAAUAUUACUGAUUUUAUCCUUACUUAGAAAAUAAAUUGAAGUAGGGGAGUAUUAUUAGGUGUGGAGUGUUGAAAUUUGUCUUUUAUGUGAGCUUUCUUUACCAUAAUUAUGUUUUUUUAUUCAGUUGGUCUUAAAAUAUAGAUGGAAGGGUUGAUAACUUAUAUUUACUAAGCCGAAUUAUGGUCUAGAACAUGGAAUUUUGUAUUCAUCAUUGAAAAAUAUGGAAAGCGUGGAAUCUUUGCUCCUGAAGUAGUGUCUUCAUUAGAAACGAUAUAAAUUAAUAAUGGAUAAAUUCUACUACUAAUAAUUAACUUUAAACAAUAGAAAUAAAUUCUAAAGAAUGUUGCUAGCACAUCAUGCCAUACUGUUUUCAUACGAAACAAUUUUUUUAACAAACUUUUUUUAUUCAAUAUUUCCUAGUUAGUUGCUCGAGGUGUUGUUUUUAUGAAUAUUGUAUAAAAAUCUUAGUUGCCAAACGUUAUUUUUAUCUACUAUGCAGAUAUAAACUCUUUAUUAUAUUGCUGACAAUAAAUAUUUGCCUAAAACGCUACAUUUGUGAUUGUUAUUUUACGUCAAAUUGAGCAAAAAUGAUUUUCGAAAAGUUAUCUGUAAACUGAAAUUAUAAAUAUAUUCACAGUUUACGAGUACUGCAAUUCAAUAAA